CUUACUAGUUCAUCAGUACUGACAACAAAAAAGCAAAGCAAAGAGACGAUCGAUAAUCAUUCGAGCUUGUCGUCCUUUGGGGUCAUGGAGGCGUGGGAUGUCCGGAACGGCACUGGGCAUGGCGGCGGCAAUGGCAGAGGAGCUGAAGCAGAGGAUGGUCGCUCGGCGUCGGCGUCGGCGGCGGCGCUGACGACGUACCUGGCGUUCCUAGAGCACAAGAUCGGCCACCUCCGCGGGAUCAUCUGCUCCCCGGCGCCGUCGCUCCCGCAACAGCAGCAAGUCGUCUCCGCCGAGCUCGCUUGCAUCAUCUCCCAGCUCGCCUCCAUCGCCAACGACCUCGCCACGGACGCCGGCACGCCUAGCUCCCCUGCAUCAUCUCCGUCCGCCGGAACACCGAACGCCCACGCCGUCGAUGACGAGCAGCAGCAGGAGCCGGUGGGGUCGUCGUCAUCGCCUCCGGCGUAUGAAGUGAUCGAGCUCGACAAGGAGGAGAUCCUGGCGCCGCCGCACGCCCAUUCCUGCAAGCUCUGCGGCAAAGGGUUCAAGCGCGACGCCAACCUCCGCAUGCACAUGCGCGCCCACGGCCACAGCUACAACCACAAGAAAGAAGUGAAUGUCUCGCCGCCACCGGCACCGGAGACGAAGACGAAGAAGCGCCCGGCGCCGGCGGUGUGCUACUCGUGCCCGCAGGCCGGGUGCAAGCGGAACAGGGCGCACGCUUCCUUCGCGCCGCUCAAGACGGCCGUCUGCGUGAGGAACCACUACCGCCGCACCCACUGCGCCAAGACGCACGCCUGCCGCCGCUGCGGCGGCGUCAAGCGCUUCGCCGUGCUCGCCGACCUCCGCACCCACGAGAAGCACUGCGGCAGGGACCGCUGGGUCUGCUCCUGCACCGUCUCCUUCUCCCGCAGGGACAAGCUCCUCGCCCACGUCGCGCUCUUCCCCGCCGGCGCCGGCCACUCGCCCGCGCUCCCGCUGCUGCCUGACGAGACCGCCGCCGCCCAAUGCAGCACUGGCAAUAAUGACACUGCCAAUGGCGGCGGCGGCCGCGUGACCGGCUCCGGUGAGCUGCUGCCAGGCACAGGCACAGGUGGCGGCGACAUGAUGGACCAAAGCUUCUUGUCAGACAUUGGCAUGCUCGAUGAUUUUGGAUGCUCUGAUGUCAAAGGGAGCAUAAGGGAAGACGAUGGCCGCCGGAGAGGGUCCCUUUCUCCGGCGGGACUUGAUUUCUGUGACUUCGAUGGGUUCGAUCUCUUUGGAACACAUGCAAUGAACUUUGAUUUUUAGGAUGGUCUGAAACUCUCUCAAGUUACACAACUCUCCACGUUGAGCCAAAAGAAUUUGCUAG